AUGGAAGAACUGGAGCUCCAAAACUACCAAAACCUCGACACGUCGUCAUCAUCCUCCGCCUCCCCACGGCUAAAGCUCUUCGGCUUCAACGUCUCCUCAUCGUCUAAUUACCCAGAAGAUUAUAAUUACAACCAUAAUUACAACAGCUAUUACGAUGAAGACCACCACCAUCAGCACCAAAUCAACGCUGUAGCUGAAUCACUAGAAUCCAGCUGCUGCCCCUCUUCCACCUCGGGCCCACCAGAUCCGCCGCCGACGGCGGCGGACGGCGGAGGGAACGGCAGGAAGUACGAGUGCCAGUACUGCUGCAGGGAGUUCGCCAAUUCCCAGGCUCUAGGGGGACACCAGAACGCACACAAGAAGGAGCGACAGCAGCUGAAGCGGGCCCAAUUGCAAGCCACCCGCGGUAUGAUUAGGAAUCCCAUGAUCUCCGCCUUCGCUCCGCCGCCGCAUCUCCUCCCUUCCCCUCCGUCCGGCGGCGCUGGAUCCCUAAUUGGGCCUCCUUCUUGGGUUUAUUUGCCCCGUACCGCGCCGCCGUUUGGGGUCUCCCAUGGCGCCGUGUUUGGCGGCGGUGGCGGUGGUGGGAGGGGCGGAGGGGGUUUUUUGUACGGUGGUGGCGCCGGAGGGGAGCUGGGAUUGUCGGGUGGGUCCCACCAUAGUCCGGAUGGGCCGACUUCACUUAGCAGAUUCUCGAGAGGAGAAGGUGGGCCCAGUUUCGAUGACUCGUUGGGCUUGGACUUGCAUCUCAGUCUGGCUCCAGCUGGCCCGUGA